CAUCCAGCUUCCUCAUGCAGCAACGCUGAUUGUCAACGAGAGCGAGCUGAGCAGAAUCUCUCAACAGGUGCCUCACAGGUCUGGUGUCACAAUGCAUAGGAACAAGAGCACAGGCGGAAGUGCGGUGUUCUACAGGCCAGUUGGAACAACAACGGAAGUGAGAUCUGGAUACCUGUUCAAGUCUCCUCCCCAGAAACGUUUGCAGGCAGAGAGAUCAUGGAAGAAGCGGUAUUUUGUGUUGUUCAAAGUCAGUGAGCAAGAACACCUACUGAAGUACUUCAGGAGUCCAACGGAAAAAGACAGGCCGCUCGGAGGGAUAGACUUAUCGCAGAUCUCACUAUUGUAUGUGAGCCCCCAAAACCAUUCAAGAUGGCCUUGGGUACAGAAGAGCUUCAAGUGCUCCCCAUCCUGUGUGCUCUACAUCAGGGCGGCUGACCGGGACUACUUUCUCGUCGGGGAAAGCAGCGAGGACGUGGAUGGCUGGUUCUUUGACCUGUUUGAAGCCCUGAAAAACCGGCCACAUAAAUGUAUGACAGAGGACAUGUCCAAUGGGCAGCAAACAAUUGAGGUUAUUUCAAACCCACUAUUGCGAAAAAAGAGUUUGGCCUCUUCUGCCUCUGCACUUGAAAAGGCAGAAUUGAAAAUUCGGUCCAUGUCUGACCCAUCUUCAAACUCUAUGGAUAAUGACAAUGAGAAAUCAAAGGAAGAUGAAGAGUAUGCCAAAAGACGUGCAUCAGCGCCUCCGAAUCCAAUCUAUGACUAUCCGAGACCCUACUUAGCACAAUCAAAAGGGCAACAUGGCACGACCCGUCGCAAAAGCUUGGACUCAUUAUAUGAAUCAAUGCGGGAGGUCAGACAUAAUGCACAAGUAGCUCAGGCGGCCGACCGUGAAGUCGAGGAGGUCACCACGGGCAGCCUGAUGAGGUCUGUCACUCAGGUCUUUGACAGGCUGAAGACACAGAUUUCACCACUGCCCACAUUCGACGAGGAGGAAACAGCAGACAGAGAAGAAACACGUCUGACAUCAGACUUCAGCAGCAGCUCCAGCGACAACGGUGCCACCUCUCCUGUCGAGAUGCUGGAGGGACAAAAUGUGCACACACCAGACAAACUGAGCUCUACUGAAAGCCUUGACAUCAUUAACCCCGAGGAGAGAGAUUUGGAGGUGAAGCAGGCAGAUUUGAAAAAACACCUGACACUAACAGAAGUGGAUGGGAAACCAAGUGUGUCUGGGUGGACGGGCCAGCCCCAGUCAGUGUGCCUGUUUCACAAAGGAGACCAAAUUUUGGCAAUUAAUGACUUGCACACCAGCAGCGUGGAGGAGUUCAACAUGUAUCUCAGCAAGUGUCUCAAGAAUGAGGUGAAAGUGACCAUCCUGCGUCUGCCUGGAUGCCUUCCUUUGCAUUCACCAAACUGUGUGUGCACUGACUGAAUGCAAACUGACCGUUAGACAUGAGACUUCCACAAUACUUUGGUCUGUACCAUGUGUUCACCUCUUGAGACAACUGACAGUAUUUUUGCAGGGCUAUGGGCAGUUCCUAUUGAUCUGUCACUCUACUAGUUUACUCUAUUUUAACGUCUAGAGGAGCUUAAAGUAAAGGUAUAAGUAAACAGUUACUUAAUGAUAUUAAAAUCUCAUAUAUCAUGGCUUGUGUGUACAAAGAGCAUUUUAGUUGUCAAGCGCUCGCUGUGUAAACAAUGAUUUGCAGUUUUAACAGAGCGUGGUUUAUGACAUCACUGUGUCAUUGUGUACUGUAUUUACCGUAGACAAGAUGUUUGUUCUCAAAAGGUGUCCGGAGAAGGAAACAAAAAGGCAGUGGAUUUGCUGAAACAUUUUUUCCUCAUACCAUCUGUAUGUUGCAAAAUAAAAACCAAAAAAGAAAGAAAAGAGAAGUACAUUCUCGCAACAAACACUCCCGGACCUGAGACAAAUGUGUUUCGUUAAAACUGAAAAGUGUAAGGCAUUUAUUGCAAAUACAUGGUGCAAUAUCAACAUGGUUACUGUAUAUAGACUUCUAUAAGAAUGCUUUCCUUAAAAUAAUUAACUUUAAUCCGAGAUGGCAUGAAGCAACAGCAUUUAUCAACCGAGUUAAAACAACAUGAAGAACACGACGAUGUUAAACAAAAGACAAAAUGCACUGAAUCUACAGUUAUGAGCCCAAUUAAGCAAUUAAAGGGUAACGCCGCUAUAUUUCAAUCUGGACACUAUUUUCCCAUGUUAUUCUAUCCAAGUGACAAAAGGGAACAAUAUUUAUUGAAACUGGUCCAGUAUUGAGUGGAAAACACUGCAGCUGGCAGCAGCAAAACAGGCUGCGAUGUGACCACUCAGGGCAUUUGUGCACCGUCAACGAACGUCCAUUAACAGUUCUGUUUUUGCUGACAGGAUCAAAUUAUUAUUCAAAGUGUCUGAAAGAGUUUUAGAAAGUAUCUCUACAGACAUAGACGUUUUUGCUAUAAGGGGUAAAUUCCUUUUUGUUUGGGGCACCCAGUAGCUCACCUGGUAGAGCAGGUGCCCCAUAUACAAAGGCUAUGUCCUUGCUGCUACACAAUUUCGCAACAAACAUUUUAACUCUAUUUGUCUCUUUAUAACUAACUUUAGUAAGAGCUAAGCUGCAUAACGAAUGUGAAUGUCAUCAACCAGCAAUGCUGAUUCAUUUCCAGCUUGCUCAGUAUUUGUUGCCUGUGAUGAAAUUGCUUUAGAAACCGUGUGUCAAAUGACCUUCUGGAGACACAAAUAGAAGGCCACAUUGUAGGUUUAAGUGCCUUUGUUACAUACAAAAAAGGCAUAUGUCCGACUUUUUCCCUCCCUUUCCUUAUUCAUCUUGAGAAUACUUUGACAGUAAUUAGCGGAUGGAAAAGAAAAAGAUUUAAGAAGAGACUAGUAUUUCAUUCACCUCAGGGAGAGUCUUGUAAAUUAAUAUGCAGACGGAAUGGUGUUGCACCCGGAGCGGUGUUUCACCCAUUUCUCUGAGAUUUGAAGCAGAAACGUGACUCCGGCAGCUGACAAUAAUGUGCUGGAAAGUAGUUUCAAUAUUGUGAAGAUGGUUUUUAAUCCUUUUUUAAAUUAUAUUUGGUGAACAAAGCCACUCUCGGACAAAGACAACAUCAAAUGUAAAUUAUCUGCAAGGCCCACUUGAAGGGCUACAAACUAUUAAAAAUGCUUUAAAAAACGCUAAAUUAUGUCCAAAGAGAGAAAGGACAAAGCUAAACCCUCAAUAUUAAAUAAAAUACUAUCUGACACUAAUUUUAAGGCGAGCUUUCCCAUGACUUUGUAUCAGCUUUCCCAAGAUUAAUGUUUCAAGUUUUAAUAGAGCUAUUUAAAGAGAUAUGAGCUCUUGCAAAGAAAUUAUUCAGGACAUAUAUUCCAUUUUUCAACUGUGAUGCUCAAGCUGCUCUGUAUUAUUACUACACUCUGUUAUAAAUGUAUGCAUUCUUUGCCAGGGUGCAGCAAAUACAGGUUGUACUGGGACAUUGAAUCUGUGUUUUAUUUGUAAAAUAAUUUUGAGUAAAUUUUACCAGAUUGUUACAAAA